AUGGGACCACCGCACCAUGUGAAUGAAUGUGUUGAGAUUCCUGCAGUCUGUGGUCCAAACUCAAUCUGCAACAACACUGCUGGAAGUUACAAUUGCUCGUGUAUGAGUGGAUAUAAUGUAACAGACCCGAAGCUCCCUAUAAACAUCAGUAAUGCUUGCACAGAAGCCCCAUCAAAAACUACAGUCAAGCCACCACCAACAACAAUGACACAACUAACAGUUAUGACAAUGUCAAUGAGAAUAAACCAAAAUUUUGACAUCAGUCUCACCAACAAAGCUGAUCCAAAGUACAUAUCAUAUGUAAAAAUCAUUACAUCCGCAAUUGAAAAUAGUUACAUGAAUCUGCCCAACUACAUUAAAGGUUCAAUAAAUGUCUUUGGCUUCAGGUCUGGUAGCAUUAUAGCAGACUACACCAUUAGUGCAAACACCAAUAAUCUGGAUGUUUCAUCAGUAAACACACAGGUUUCUGACCUUCUAGCAGCUCAAGGAAUCCCUUUAGCUAAGGAUGCUUUUGCCGAAAGUGAGGAAAAAAAUCUGACAACCAAAUUUAAGUUUUAUCCUCUGCAAGAUGUGGAGCUGAGGUGUAUGCGUCCAAAUUCUGUUGUGGGAACAAUGAAAUGGAGUGUGAAUGACCAAGAUCCUGCAGAAAACAGUGCAAAAUACACCAUUACAAAUGACAACAUCAGUAGCACUCUUAUUGUGAAAGGAGCAAGUGAAAGUGACAAUGGUAGAUAUUCGUGUAUCAUAGAAAGAUCCACAUUACCCUACAUUCAGUGGCAGACAGUAUCUACUCAACCACGUCCUAAUAUUGUAGUGGAUAAACCUGAUUUAAAGCUUCAGUGUCAAAACCAGACUGUCCCACUGACAUGCUGUGCCGAUGGUUACUCAGUUGAGUGGUUUGGGAUUCCUGCUGGUGAUGAAGUGGAAAAUUCAGGAUCUGGCUGUAUCACAUUUCAAUACAAAAGCACAAAUUGUGGGUCUAAAGAUGACUUUACAUGCCGACUAAAGAACAUGACAGAAUUACAAACAUUUGAUUAUAGCAGCAGGACAGUUUACGUUCAGACAGUCAGAGAGUAUGACUGUAUAAAUGACACACUUGGAGUUGGAAAAAUAGGUGACAGUGUAACAGGAUUGUGUGAAAAAGGCCAGGAAGGUCUCAUAACUUAUGUAUGUAAACAGACAACAGAUCUCAAAUAUAACUGGACAGAAGUACAGAGAGAUUGUGUUGUUCAAGCCAUCAAAGACCUUGAAAGGAGAUCUGAGGUUUUAUUUGUGGAGGAGAUUCCAGUAUUUAUGUCAAACCUCAGUAACACUGCAGUGCAGAAUAAUACUGUAAUAACACAAUCUGCUGACACUGUCAAAACCAUUGUUGACAUACUUAACACAAUUGCUAGUAUCUCACAAACUAUUACCAUCAGUCAACCUGUGAUGAAGGAUUUUCUUAAAACAGUGGACAUCAUUGUAUCAGAUGCAUCUAAAAACACAUGGGCAGAAUUGAACAAUGACAACAAAACAGAAAACAAAAGCACUGAACUUCUUAAAGCUAUUGAGACUAUAAGUGAUCGGCUCUCAGAUGACAGUUUUAUGAUUAAGGAAACCUCCAUUCAGUUACAUAGAAAAAGAAUUACAAACUCAUUCACUGAAACAUCUUCACUGCCAAACUCAACUACUGAGAUUGUGAUACCAAAGGUUGAACCGACCCUCAUAACCAUUAUUAUCUUCACAAAGCUUGACAAUGUUUUACCAACUCGAAAUACUUCUAAUAAUAACAACAAGACAUCAGAAAACCACAUCAAUGGAGACGUGGUUGUUGUUAGAGUUAAUAAAACAAUUAACAACAUUUCAUUUACCUUUGAUACUACAGAUACAUCAUUGAAAAAUCCUCAGUGUGUCUUUUGGAACUUUGAUCUGGACCAUUGGGAUACCACUGGAUGUAAAGUCAAGCGCUCAGGGAAUGAAACAGUUACAUGUGAAUGCGACCACACAACCUCUUUUUCAAUCCUGAUGUCACCGUUUGCUAUUGAUAACCGAGCCUUAGCCUAUAUAACAUAUAUUGGUGUAGCUAUUUCAAUGGCCAGCUUAAUUCUGUGCCUCAUCAUUGAGAUGAUCGUAUGGAAGUCAGUGACAGGAAAUGAUACGUCAUACAUGCGUCACGUUUCAAUAGUCAACGUUGCUGUGUCGCUACUGAUUGCAGACCUCUGUUUUAUCAUCGCAGCUGCAAUUGCAAUUCCAGGACAACCUACACCAGUGAAUCCCUGCAGUGCAGUGGUUUUCUUCAUGCACUUUUUUUACCUGGCUGUUUUCUUCUGGAUGUUCAUUUUAGCACUUUUGCUGCUUUACCUCACUGUCAUCGUUUUUUCUCGCAUGUCAAAGACUAAUAUGAUGGUCAUUGCAUUCAUGGUUGGUUAUUGUGCACCUUUGCUUAUAACGGUUAUUACUGUCGCAUCCACAGCUGGAUCUAAAAACUAUGUCUCAAAAGAAAAUGCAUGUUGGCUGAACUGGUUUGAAUCGAAGGCACUGCUGGCAUUUGUGAUUCCAGCUCUGACUAUCUUUGCCUUUAAUCUUGUGGUUUUGAUUGUGGUUGUGUGUACACUAUUAAGAAGAGGAGUUGGUGCUCAACCAGAAAUGAAACAAACUGUUGUGGUCAUUGCCCGAUGUGUGGCCUUUCUUACUCCUAUCUUUGGUCUAACAUGGGGAUUUGGCAUUGGGACCAUGGUGUCACGUGAAUUUGGCAUUCAUGUGAUGUUCGCAAUCCUCAAUUCACUGCAGGGUUUCUUUGUUUUUGUAUUUGGAACGCUUUUAGAAAGAACGGUAAGAGUUUUGUGUAUCUUGACAAAUUGCUGA